CUCAGACCUUGGCUAAGUUUAAUUGUAAAUUGCAAUGUGCUCUCCUUAUUCAGUUAACCAACGCUUGUUUAAAUGACAAUGUAUUUGUUGUGUGAUAAGGUGAGUAUUAAAGUGCUGAUUAACACAUGUUGGCGCUGAAAAAUUUUCAUCCUUUGGAUAUUACUUCUAAAGUGCCCAGCCUAAAGCUUCAUCCAGCAUGAACAGACCAAGAAAAUGGAGCAUCUAUAUUGAAAGCUCUUUCUGCAGUUAUGCUUUCAACCCAAGGGUUACAGUUCCAUUAGGUUCUCAUAAUGGUGGUUGUGUUUCUGUUUCAUUCAUCUCAUUCCAUAGGGCUGAUAAAUUUCUACUUGAUACGGUGUUGGAUAUGUAUUGCACUCUUCAAGAGCAAGUUAGUGUUGCCUCCUAUUCUUUGCCAUUACUAGAUACCAAUGGCAACAUUGAAACUUCUGAGCUUCUAGAGGAGAAGGGAAAUGCAGCCUUUAAAGGAAGCCAGUGGAAUAAGGCACUCAAUUACUACACUAAGGCUAUCAAACUGAAUGGCAUGAAUGCGACUUACUACUGUAACCGAGCGGUUGCUUACUUAAAGUUAGCCUGAAUGUGAAGGCGUAUCUAAGAUGUGGAGCUGCUAAAGAAUCACUACUACGCUACCAGGUAAAUUCUGUUAUAUCAAAUUAAGAUUUAAGUGAUACAUGCCUGAGUUAGUUACUUAAAUAUCAUAAAUGUGUCUAAAGGUUGCAUAAUUAAAUAGUCUACACUGGAGCAAAAGGAGUACCUAUUUGAUGCGAUGAUUUCGCUUCGGCAAAAUUAACACGGAGUUAAGCAACUUUCUUGUUGUAAGAUGCCCUCUUCAACAAAUAUUCCUAAAAACUUCUUUGAAUACGACAUUGUCUGUCUCUGUUCGGUUAUUAGCAUCAUGGCACAAUAGUAUCUUCAGUCCUUGCCUAUUUGUUACUCUAGAUGCUGCGACAUAAAGCUGGCCGUGAGUAAAAACAGGCUUUUUGAGUAAUAAACUAACCUUUGACAAUGAUUGUCCUUGGCUCUUAUUUAUAGUCAUUGCGUAAGACACCAUUAUAAGAAACUGUCUUCGUUGGAACUUGAAUGGAAUUCGAUGAUCUGAUGGGCUUAGAGUCUUCCUAGGAAUAAACACCUUAUGACCUUUGUUCUUCCCAACCUUGCUACAUGCUUCAAUGAUGUGUUUUCCAAGCCUAGUGACAACCAAGUGGGUACCAUUGCACAAUCCUGCAUAAUGGUCUAUAUUCCUCAGUAACAUUAUAGGGGUUCGAACCUUUAAUUUCAACUCAUGAUUUGGAACUCCUGAACAUCUGAUUGUGUUUAGGAAUUCUGGUGUGUGUAUGGAUGCCAAUAAGUCAUUGUUGGAUUCUGUUGGGCAUGCCUUGUCUGAGCUGUAAUAUGUUUGUGCUUCAGUAGGGUUUAAGCUCAUCAUGUAGUUGUUUAUCUCAUCAACUAUUUUCAAUGUUGGUGCUAGUAUUGCUCUAUCUUCAAUAUGUUCAUCAAUAUUUUUCAAUAGUUCUGGAUAUGUUACUGAUGAGCGGAUAAUUUAUACGCUUUUUGGCAUUGUUUUUACAUAGUUUUCAGUAUGAUUUAGUUAGUU